UGACCUCCCUUUCGUUGUUGCUUUUAGCCAGUCAGUCAGGAAGGGGACGUCUAUUAAUAUCACCAGUUGGUGUGUUGUAAACUAGAAGGAGACCGAGGAAAUGUCCAGAAGACCUUUGGUGUGUCGGAGAAAUGGCGUGCUUUGCCGACACUGAGCUGAAACCUCAGAGCUUUAAAUACACAGUUCUCUCUGAAAAGGUGAACAAACGUGAGCAGGAAAGACCCUUCUUGCAUAUGGCAGACUCUAACCCUGCGCCUGUUGUUAUCCCCGAUGGCAUUCUACAAGUAGAAGGAGAGAGUUUUUAUGUCAACCGUCAACAGCUGGCUCUCCAGAGUCCCUACUUCAGGGCUCUGUUUUUUGGCGGCGGCCUAGAGAGCAGCAAAAGGAAAGUUGAGAUCAAAGGUGUGAGUCUGCAGCAUUUCAAGGUUUUGAUGGAACACAGCAAGAAAUCCAACCUGGCUCUGGAGAGGGAAAACGUUCUUGGGAUUCUUGAGGCCGCAGACUUUUUACAACUGGAGCACGCCAGGCUUUUGUGCUGUAAGUUCCUGGAGCGCGAGCUGCACCUCAGCAACUGUCUGGGAAUGAUGGCCUUGGCCUGGCAGCGGGGCUGCACUCAGCUGUACACCGCGGCGCGACAGGUCGUGCUCACGCAUUUCUCUGCUAUCGUCGCCCAGGAGGACUUCCUGUCCCUGUCUAAGGAGACUGUCGCAGACCUUCUCGCCAGUGAUGACCUUGCCAUCCACAAAGACGAUCUGGCCGUGGAUGCCACCCUGCGCUGGGUGUCAUUUGAUUCGAAACGAGAGGAACAUUUUCUGGAGCUCAUUCAGCUGGUGAGGCCAGAGUCGCUCUCUUUGCCAUUUAUCACGGGACUUUUGACCAAAAUGAACAGCUCCGACCCCAGAGGCAAGCUCAUCCGCACGCUGAAUGAACACUUCCCGGCAGCUUGGUCGAUGGGCAGAUCGAUGACGAGGACCAGGGCCAGAGAGACCCUCUUUGUCCUGGGUGGACCUCACGACCAGGAAAAGCAGUCACUGUACCAAUUUCACCCACCCAGUGGUAGAUGGCAGAGUUGUCCCCCUCUGCAGAGGAAGAACCUAACCCAGUACUCGGUAGCUUCAUUGGGGGACAAUGUGGUUGUGACAGGUGGCUUCUUCCGGGACGUGCUGUGGUUCAGUGUGGACUGGGUCAGGAUAUACCAAUGUGGGAACCAGCGCUGGGUGGACGGGCCGGCCCUGCAGAGGUGCCGGCACAGCCACUGCUCCAUAGGGCUAGACUCCUCACUGUAUGUCCUGGGGGGCAGCAUGGAUGAAGGGCUUAUGGCCGACGUAGAAAGGCUAGUGCUGGGGUCAGAGGAGAGCUGGGAGGAGGUCAGCCCCAUGGUCAGGCCUGUGGAGAGGGCAGCCACUGCUGCUCUGGGCUCGUGUGUCUAUGUGGCGUGUGGCCUGGAUGAAAACGGGGAGGUGUAUGGUGGAGUCCAGAGGUACAUGGUGAAGAACGAUCAGUGGGAUGUGGUUUCCUAUUCUCCAUUUCCAAGAUACGACCUGGUUGCCACUGAGCUCAACGGUGCCCUUUACCUGUUUGGAGGCCAAGCCAUGCGUUUGGACGUGGAGACAGACGAGUGGACCGUGCUGGAGGAGGAACGUCUGGACAGGAAGUUCUUCUGCGGCUGCACAACAAUCAGCGGCCAGAUGUACCUGGUCAGCGAGAGGAAGAGUAACAAAGCGUUCCCAAACAUGGUGCUCGUGGACCCUUACGUAGAUACUUGCAUUGAGGUGGAUGAUGCCAUAGCCUGCCCCGUGCCACUUAGAGGGUGUGUCACCGUGAGAAUGACCACGUGAUGUGACUGACGAAAAGGCAAUCGACUCAAAUAUGUUCUACCAUGAUUGAGACUUACAGCAAAAAUAUGAAGAAAAAAAAACAGCAGUACUAACUUAUUUAAUAGAAAUCAUUUAUUUAAAACCUUCCAGCAGGCCAACAUAUCAGGAAAGCAUCCAUGUGCACAGGAGAACAGUGUGCAGUGUUACUUUCAUGGAAAAGG